AUUGAUGAUUGAUCCAAUUCACCACAUGACAACACUCAUUUCAGUUCCAAAUUCCACCAGCAGAAACUCUAAGCUUCUAAAAUGGACCCCCCAAAUUACACCUCCACAAAUCAUUGUAAACUGUAAAGUGUUUAUCAGAACGUUACUUCACUAAUAGAUAUAAAUGGGAAAAGCGCACUGAAAUAUUCCUCCUAGGUUGGGAAAGUACUGUUCACAUUUGAAUGGCAUAAGAGAUUAGAUUAAGUUACAAAUUUGUUACCCAGAUGAAAUAUCUUCAUCCAUCUGCGCCAAUUUCAUCAUCCUCACCACCACCGGCAUUCACAUUUCUGAAAUGGCGCACUUUGAAUGGACGCAAUAAGAUCCUGACAUGUUUGCAGUGCAUGCGCAUAUUCACAAACCCACCAUCAGAACCACACAUCUCACCUUCUUCUUCUUGCUACUAUGCUAUAUAUAUAUAAAUAUAAAGCUCCAGGUUUCUGGAAAUGAGCUCCCACAUUCAACAACACUAGAGUACACGGAAAGCCACAUGCGACAUGAAAGGCAAUACAGUUUUCCUCUUUUUCUGCGCUGUCUUCCUUGUCUGGUUACUGGAAGAAAGCAGGGCAGCUCAAGCGGGGAAUGACUAUGGUGUUUAUAUUGUUUACAUGGGAGCAGCGGCUUCAAGAAAUGGUUCCUUGAGGGAUGACCAUGUUCAGCUCAUGAACUCUGUGCUAAAAAAACGGAAAGAAAAUGCAUUGGUACACACCUACAGGCAUGGUUUCUCAGGGUUUGCAGCAAGGAUGUCAGAGGAGGAUGCCCGUUCAAUUGCUCAGAAACCAGGAGUUGUAUCUGUUUUUCCAGAUCCUCUGUUGGAGCUCCACACCACCCGUUCUUGGGAUUUCUUGAAGUAUCAAACUGCUUUAGAGAUUGAUUCCCAGCCUAAUCCUGACUCCGGGUCCUCAUCUCUUGAUUCAGACACAAUAAUUGGCAUCUUGGAUACGGGAAUUUGGCCGGAGUCAGAGAGUUUUAGCGACAAGGAUAUGGGUCCAAUUCCGUCACGGUGGAAGGGAACCUGCAUGGAAGCCGAUGAUUUCAGCUCCUCUAAUUGUAAUAGGAAGCUGAUUGGAGCUAGAUUUUACAAUCAAUCCGAUAUUGCCAUCUCAAAGUUGCAUACUCCCCGUGAUACGAUUGGCCAUGGCACACAUGUGGCAUCAACCGCAGCAGGGGGCACAGUAGCCAGUGCAUCCUACUACGGACUAGCAGCUGGGACUGCCAAGGGUGGGUCCACAGGUUCACGGAUCGCCGUCUACAGGGUAUGCUCAUGGAGCGGUUGUCGUGGGUCCUCUAUUUUAUCAGCGUUCGAUGAUGCGAUCGCGGACGGUGUCGAUGUUUUAUCGUUAUCACUUGGUGCACCUUCAGUACUGGAGAUCGGACUGGAAAGCGAUCCGAUUGCGAUUGGAUCGUUUCACGCGGUGGACCAUGGGAUCGUCGUGGUUUGCUCUGCAGGAAAUGAUGGCCCAUCCUCGAGUUCUGUUGUGAAUGUUGCACCUUGGAUUUUGACAGUUGCUGCGUCAACCAUUGACAGGGAUUUUCAAUCUAAUGUGGUAUUGGGCGGAAACAAAGUGAUUAAGGGUGAAGGCAUAAAUUUCUCCCCACUCGAAAAGUCUCCUGUAUAUCCGUUGAUAUACGCAAAGUAUGCCAAGAAAAGUGGUGCCAACGAAGUUGAAGCAAGAAAUUGCGACCCAGAUUCAAUGGAUGGGGACCUGAUCAAGGGAAAAAUUGUACUCUGUAAUAAUGAUGAUGAUUCUGGAUACUCUGUGAAAGACAAGAUAGAUGUAGUAAAGGCUGUUGGAGGAGUUGGUAUGGCUGUGAUUGAUGACAAAUUAAACGCAGUAGCAACUACUUAUGGUGCAUUUCCAGCAACUGUGAUCAGUUCAAAGGAUGCUGCUGAAAUCUUCUCCUAUAUGAACUCAACCGGAAACCCAGUUGCAACAAUUUUACCGACGGUAUCGGUGACAAAAUAUACGCCAGCGCCUGUUGUUGCAUAUUUCUCGUCUAGAGGGCCUUCAUAUUACACAAGGAACCUUCUCAAGCCUGAUAUUUCGGCACCAGGAGUAGACAUACUUGCAGCAUGGAUUGCAAAUGACACAUCAGAAGCCCCACAAGGAAAAGAACCCCCAUUGUUCAACGUGCUCUCAGGAACUUCCAUGGCAUGCCCACAUGUUUCUGGGAUUGCCGCCAUUGUCAAAUCUCGGAACCCCACAUGGAGUGCCUCAGCUAUAAGAUCAGCCAUCAUGACGACAGCAACUCAAACAAACAAUUUGAAAGCUCCGAUAACAACGGAUUCAGGUUCGAUAGCCACACCUUAUGAUUACGGUGCAGGGGAAGUGACAACAUCUGGGCCAUUACAACCAGGACUGGUGUACGAAACCAGCACCAUUGAUUACUUGAACUACCUAUGCUACUCUGGGCGUAGCAUAUCUGCAAUAAAAGGCAUCGUUAAAAUUGUUCCUGAAGGCUUUGCCUGCCCCAAAGACUCCAACUCUGAUUAUAUCUCCAAUAUCAACUACCCAUCAAUUGCAAUAUCCAAAUUCAAUGGAAAUGAGAGCAAGAACGUAAGCAGAACAGUAACUAACGUUGCUGGAGAUGGUGACGGGGCCUACACUGUCGGCGUGGAUGCACCCAGUGCAGUAAAUGUCAAAGUGAUUCCGGAUAAGCUGCAGUUUACGAAGAACAAUGAGAAGCUGAGCUACCAAGUGAUCUUUUCUUCUUCCAGCGAAACCCAAUUGAAGGAAGAUGUAUUUGGGUCAAUCACUUGGACUAAUGGAAAAUAUAAGGUCCGGAGUCCUUUUGUAUUAAGCAGCAAAGGCAGCGAUGAAUAAGUACAAUAGAAUAAGUUAAGCACCUACAAACUUUCUCUAUAUGUAGCUGAUUAUAUAAGAGCUAUUAUAAGCAACCCAAUGAAGAAA